GCAAAAUUUUUUCGCGCGGUUUUGCAUCUGCGGUGUUUGUUUACAACAUGGCGUCUGCAACUUCAAGUUCGCGGGAUAUUUGUAGUCUCAGCCCUGAAAUUUUGACGAUGAUAUUGUCAAAACUAUCGGCAAAGUCAGUUCUCAAUGUURGUGAAACUUGUAAGCAUUUAAGAGACUUGGUUUUUGGUUGCGAUGUGUUGUGGAAGCGACUUUGCAUGAACGACUACAMUUUUGAUUUGCAAGUCAAAGGUCCAUUCCAGUCAUUUGCAUCUAUCUAUGAACUCAUCUACAAAUACAGAGCGAUUGUAGCAAAUCACCAAUAUGGGACCUAUAUUCCUGAGUAUUACUGCCAUUGGGGGGUUCUUCUGGAAGAGGGCUCAAAAGGAUUCAGUCUUAGAACUGGUUUCUGGCGAUGCACUAACUCAAGRCUCAAAAGAACCUGGGAAAUCACAAAGAGUCGCUUGCAUGCACGUGGUCCUCGUAAAGAUGUAACAAUAGAUACUAUCAAAUCCAAACUUGGAGUUGACGAUCGAAAACAAUUUCAAGAAGCUGUGCUUCAGAGAUGCAUUCGCAAUCAAAAGAAAAUUUGCCAGCAUUUUGUGUCAGCUUCAAUGACUUCAAGGUCCAAUGAUUUGAGGUGGUACAUAGAUGACAAUCCUUCAGCUAAGCUUAUUUUAUUGACUGAUACACCAAUCACGCAGUGUUCRGAUAUUGGGCUGAGUAAAAGCUCUCUAUCAGCUAUGCCCAAUGAUGUUGGAAUGGAUUUUAUAAAAGGUCACUUUCAUAAGGCUGGUCUUGAACAAGUGAAGAGCUACGUGGGAUUUGUGAAAGGCAUUAAAGAMUUUUACAAGCCCAACUCCAGUUUAUCAAAGGUUGUAGAUGCUAUUUUUGUUCCUGUUUACAAAAGGCUAAGAAAAGUAGCAAAAUUAAGGCUUAUYRCAUUCAAUGAAUAUGUGGAUAUUGCUGAAGAGUAUCUUACAAGAAUUGAGGAGGUUCAAAAAUGGCAGGAAGAAACUAAGGAACAUUUGAAAAUUAGCUUUGUGUUUGAAGGAUUGCAUGAGAAGAAAUCUUAUAGAAACUAUGUCCUGUAUGGAAAACAAGAUGACCUAACAUCUCUUAAGAAUCACUAUGAAGGGCUGAUUAACAUCAAACUGUGGCUGAGAUCAAACAUGAGCAUAGAAUCACUUUUAGGAAGCACAUUAGUCAAUGUUCUUAAGGGCGAACCACUAGGCAGUAUAUUAGAACUUAUCCCCAGAUACAAAGAAAUUGAGGAUUGYAUGAAGACGUACUUGGAGACAAGCAAGACAAAGCAUUUUAGGAGACUUGUAAGRAAGUUGUGGCAGUAUGCUUUYAAGGARCAUGAAAAGAAGGCUGAAUAUCUGGAAAAACUGCAAAACAAUUUAAUUGAAAARAAGGUUUUUCCUCCCUACAUCAAACCUCCAUCACAAGAAGAAUCAGCAGACACUAGCAACCUAUAGAUAGAUUAUUACAUCAAGUAAAGGAAAAAAGACGUUCAGUUCAUGAAACGGCAGCCUCUAGCUUGCUUGCAUAAGCCAUCACUGAACUUAGGAGUGACAUUACAUGAAGACAGAGGGUUGACUCUGAGCAAAAGGAGACUACAACAAACAUUGUUAUGAGAUAUUUUUACUUAAAAGGAAGGUUAUUGUUUUUUCAUAUUUUUCAAAGAAAGAUUAUAUUUUAUAUAUURGUUUUUGAACACUUCUUACAUAGCUAAAAUGGCUUUAAAUUGCCACAGAAAGCCAGAUAUGACAAUAAAARAUCUUUCAAUAUACA